AUGCAAGAGCCUAACCAGUCCUCUGUGACUGAAUUCAUCCUUCUGGGCUUUACCUUCAGCCCCAGGACCACUCCUCUGUUCUUCUCAGCCUUCCUGAUAACCUAUUUGUUGAUUAUUUUGGGCAACAGCUUGAUCACCAUCCUCAUCUGCCUGGACUCACACCUCCACACACCCAUGUACUUCUUUAUUGGCACCCUUUCCAUGUUGGAUCUGGGCUAUACCACCACAACUAUGCCCCAGAUGUUGGCACAUCUGGCCAGCCAGAAGAAGACCAUCUCUUUUGCCAGCUGUGUGGCCCAAAUGUACAUAUUUUUGGUGCUGGGUAUCACUGAGUCCUGGCUCUUUACCAUCAUGUCUGUAGACAGGUAUGUGGCCAUCUGCCACCCACUCAAGUACAAGGUCAUCAUGAACCCAUGGCUGUGUGGGGUAAUGGUCAUGUUCUGUGGACUCUGGGGUGUCAUCUCUGCUCUUGUUUAUACUGCCUUUGCCAUGCGUCUGCCCUACUGUGGCCCCAGUAAUAUCAACCACUUCUUCUGUGAAGUCCCUGCAGUCUUGAAGCUGGCUUGUGCGGACACCUCAGUCAAUGACCAGGUAGACUUCAUUCUUGGCUUUAGUGUCAUCCUGGUUCCACUUUCCCUCAUCCUUGUCAUUUACAUCAACAUCUUCUUUGCCAUCUUGAAGAUCCGUUCAGUCCAGGGGCGGCUGAAGGCCUUCUCCACCUGUGCCUCCCACAUCACUGUGGUCACAAUGUUCUGUGUGCCAGCCAUGGUCAUGUACAUGAAGCCUGGCUCAGAGGCCUUCCCAGAAGAGGACAAGAAGUUGGCCCUGUUCUACAACGUCGUCUCUGCCUUCCUCAACCCCAUCAUCUACAGCCUCCGGAACAAGGACGUAAAAAGGGCUUUCCUCAAGGUGAUGGGCUGGGGCAGGGCCCCAGAAUAA